UAAGCUGUGCGCACGUUAUAAAGCAUUUACAUCGCACCCCAGGCGCAAAUUAGGGUUCAUCCUUACCACAAUCCCCUUAUUUCCAUAUCAAUCGUCCCGCUCGUUCACGCACUAUCGUGUGCGUUACACACACUCGAUCAGUCACCGAACAACGAUCAUAUCUUCUGACCAAAUGGCAAAAAGUAGAACUUUUGAACCGGAACUAUAGAGGUGUGGAGGACCAACUAUGAUGUCCGAUGAUGGAGAACAGCUAUUGGUCGUUUAUGAUGACCACUCAGAUCAACGGUCCAUGUCUUUGGAUGAAACAAGUAGCACAGAAGAAUCACCAGACGAAACAAAAGUAUCCUUAGAAACAACAGAUGAUGCUAUUCCGUAUAUUGGUCAAAGAUUUGCUACUCAUGAUCACGCUUACGAGUUCUACAGUGAAUUCGCCAAAAGAUGCGGUUUCUCAAUCCGUCGCCAUCGAACCGAAGGUAAAGAUGGUGUCGGGAAAGGUCUUACCCGACGCUAUUUUGUCUGCCACAGGGCGGGAAACACACCUGUCAAAACUUUAAGUGAAAAUAAACCACAAAGAAACAGGAAAUCAUCUAGAUGUGGAUGUCAAGCGUAUAUGCGUAUAAGCAAAACAACGGAAUUAGGAGCUCCUGAAUGGCGAGUAACGGGGUUUUCAAAUCAUCAUAAUCAUGAACUUUUGGAACCGAAUCAAGUUCGUUUUCUUCCCGCUUAUCGUACUAUUUCCGAUGCAGACAAAAACCGAAUCCUCAUGUUUGCCAAAACGGGAAUUUCAGUGCAGCAAAUGAUGAGGCUUUUGGAACUUGAGAAAUGCGUGGAGCCCGGAUACCUUCCGUUCACCGAAAAAGAUGUAAGAAAUUUGCUUCAAUCGUUUAGGAAAGUGGAUUUGGAGGAUGAAAGCAUUGAUUUACUCAGAAUGUGUCGAAAUAUUAAAGAUAAGGAUCAUAACUUCCAGUUUGAGUAUAAACUCGAUUCAAAUAAUCGGUUGGAAAAUAUCGCAUGGUCAUACGCAUCAUCUGUCCAAUCGUAUGAAGUAUUCGGUGACGCGGUGGUAUUUGAUACAACACAUCGGUUGAACGCUUUUGAUAUGCCGCUCGGGAUAUGGGUUGGAAUGAAUAAUUAUGGUAUGCCUUGCUUUUUCGGUUGCGCACUUCUGCGUGAGGAAAAUGUGAAGUCCUAUUCAUGGGCUUUGAAGGCGUUCUUGGGGUUUAUGAAUGGGAAGGUUCCGCAGACGAUAUUAACCGACCAAACGUUAUGCGUACGAGAAGCUAUAGCAAUGGAAAUGCCCUCUGCUAAACAUGCGUAUUGCAUCUGGCUGAUUGUCGCAAAAUUCCCGUCUUGGUUUAAUGCUGUUUUGGGGGAACGAUAUAACGAGUGGAAGAGUGAAUUUUAUCGACUUUAUAAUAUGGAGUCAAUUGAAGAUUUUGAAAUGGGCUGGAGAGAUAUGGUUAAUUCUUUUGGGCUCCACACGAACCGCCACAUAACCACCUUGUUUGCAGCUAGAAAUCUCUGGGCUUUGCCGUAUUUGAGAAGCCAUUUUUUUGCUGGAAUGACAACCACUGCACAUUCAAAAGCUAUCAAUGCUUUCAUCCAACGGUUCUUGAGUGCCCAAACUCGACUUGCACACUUCAUUGAACAAGUGGCUGUUGCGGUGGACUUCAAAGAUCAGGCUGGUGAACAGCAAACAAUGCAACAAAACCUCCAAAACAUUUGCUUGAAAACUGGGGCACCAAUGGAAUCCCAUGCAGCCUCGGUCCUAACGCCUUUUGCGUUUUCAAAGCUACAAGAACAACUUGUGCUGGCUGCUCAUUAUGCAUCAUUUCAACUCGAAGACGGGUUCUUAGUUAGACACCAUACAAAACUUGAAGGCGGUCGAAAAGUUUAUUGGGUCCCGCGUGAAGGCAUUAUCAGCUGUAGCUGCCACCACUUUGAGUUCUCUGGGAUACUCUGUAGGCACACCCUUCGAGUACUCUCCACUGGAAAUUGCUUUCAGAUUCCAGAAAGGUAUAUGCCUCUGCGUUGGCGGCGCAUAAACACAUCAGCAAAGCUUCUUCAGAACACUUUGAGUGAUCAUACGGAAAGAGUUCAGUUAUUGCAAGGUAUGGUGUCAAAUCUUGUGACGGAAUCAGCCAAAUCGAAAGAUCGGCUUGAUAUUGCCAUGGAACAUGUUUCUGUUUUGUUAUCAAGGAUUAGGGACCACCCGGUUCCUUCUUCACGGUAUGCCAGAAAUGAUUGUUUUACAUAGGAAUCUGUAGUAUGAAGCAGUCAUAGUUUAUGAUUCGUGUAGAAAUGUUAAAAAGAAUCCGUGGAGGUUUAUGUGCAAAAGUUCUUGUUUAUCUUUUGGUCUUGAUGAUGAACAGGUUUUAAGACGCGGUUGUUAGAUGCUAUAAUGAAACUGUUCUUGCCUGACUUUCAUGUCACUUGUUAUGUCUGAGCAAAGUCUAUUUCUGAACUAUUAAGAGGCAAUUUUUGAA